UUGUAGAUACCAGAAAGGGUUUUGCUUACUGUGUUAAUUUGAUUUUCUCCGCAUUUUUUUAAAGUUGAGUUGAUUUUGUGUUUGGUUGCUGAGAAAUUGCGGGAAAGUAUAAGAUAUCUGGAGAGAAAAUCUGAAUUUUUAAGUAUCUAUUGUGCCAGUGUUUGUUGGAGUAAAGUUGACUUUUUCAUAUCUCUUGCAGAAUCGAAGUUUCAUUUUCUUGAUGGUCUUUCUUUCAUACUUUCCCCUUUUGCUUAGUGAUUUGUUUGCUUCCCGAGAAAAUGUUAGGAUUAUGCAUUUUCGACAUUUUGGAUUCUGAAAGACUUUUUUUCCUGCGAUGACAAAGAUUGUUGGGACACUUGGUCCAAAAUCACGGACUGUUGAGAUCAUUUCUAGUUGUCUAAGCUCCGGGAUGUCUGUGGCACGGUUUGACUUUUCAUGGGGUGAUGCUGAAUAUCAUCAAGAGACAUUGGAAAAUCUGAAAGCUGCAAUCAAGAGCACCAAGAAGCUCUGUGCGGUCAUGCUAGAUACAGUGGGUCCAGAGUUGCAAGUUGUCAAUACAACAGAGCAUCCAAUUUCCCUUCAGGCUGAUACCUCUGUUGUCCUAACACCUGAUCAAGGCAAAGAAGCCACUUCAAAUCUGCUACCAAUAAAUUUUACUGGCCUGUCAAAGGCAGUGAAGCAGGGAGAUACUAUUUUUAUUGGUCAAUACCUGUUUACAGGAAGUGAAACUACUUCUGUGUGGCUAGAGGUCAUUGAAGUAAAUGGUGAGGACGUGGUUUGUUUGAUAAAGAAUUCUGCUACCUUGGGUGGGCCAUUGUACACUUUACAUGUUUCUCAAAUUCGUAUUGAGCUUCCUACCCUCACUGAUAAAGAUAAGGAGGUCAUAAGUACAUGGGGAGUUCGGAACAAUAUAGACUUCCUCUCAUUGUCUUAUACUCGGCAUGCAGAAGAUAUUCGCCAUGCCCGAGAGUUUCUUUCUAAACUUGGGGAUCUCCAUCAAACUCAAAUUUUUGCAAAAAUUGAAAAUAUAGAGGGAUUAACUCAUUUUGAUGAAAUCCUACAAGAAGCAGAUGGUAUCAUCCUUUCUCGUGGAAAUUUGGGCAUAGAUCUCCCACCAGAGAAGGUGUUUCUAUUUCAAAAAGCUGCUAUUUACAAGUGCAACAUGGCAGGAAAGCCUGCUGUGGUAACUCGUGUUGUCGACAGUAUGACGGACAAUUUGAGACCUACUCGUGCUGAAGCAACUGACGUUGCCAAUGCAGUUUUGGAUGGCAGUGAUGCAAUUCUUCUAGGUGCAGAGACCCUGCGGGGAUUGUACCCUGUUGAGACCAUUUCUAUUGUUGGAAGAAUUUGUGCUGAGGCAGAGAAGGUUUUCAAUCAAGAUUUGUAUUUCAAGAAGACUGUAAAAUAUGUUGGAGAACCAAUGACUCAUUUAGAAUCUAUUGCUUCCUCAGCGGUACGUGCUGCUAUCAAGGUGAAGGCUUCCGUCAUUAUAUGCUUCACUUCAACAGGAAGAGCUGCAAGGUUGAUCUCAAAGUAUAGGCCAACAAUGCCUGUGAUAUCUGUUGUUAUCCCUAGGCUUAAGACAAAUCAACUACGUUGGAUCUUCUCUGGUGCUUUUGAGGCAAGGCAGUCGCUAAUUGUCCUUGCAGAUCCUCGGCAUCCAGCUGAAUCUACAAAUGCGACAAAUGAGUCUGUUCUGAAGGUUGCUUUAGAUCAUGGAAAGGCAACUGGUGUUAUUAAACCACAUGAUCGUGUUGUUGUUUGCCAGAAGCUUGGUGAUGCAUCUGUGGUGAAAAUCCUUGAGCUUGAAGAUUAAAGCAAAUGCAAGUGAAUUAAUUGACAAGCAAGUAUUUCUCUCUGUUUUGUGCAUUAAAUGGUUGAAUUGAGGAUCAUAUCCUUCAUGUUAAUUGCAUAUUUAGCCAAAGAAAGAACAUGUACUAGUACCAACAAUGGUCCAAGGAAUUUACAUGUACAUGAACUUGGAACCAUUUUUUUUGAGGUUUUGGAUAAAAGAAUUGGGGCUUGGGGCUUGGGGCUUGUGGCUCGAUGUCGAGCUUGCUAGAUAUGUAUUGUAAUAUGAUUGAACAUUGAUAUAGCAGGGACAUUUCUGCCCCAACUCUCAGAUCAAUUCUAUCAACUCUAUAUAAUGGUUGGCUCAGAACUUGGAACCAUUUUUCUUGAGGUUUUGGAUAAAAGAAUUGGGGCUUGGGGCUUGUGGCUCGAUGUCGAGCUUGCUAGAUAUGUAUUGUAAUAUGAUUGAACAUUGCAGAUCAAUUCUAUCGACUCUAUAUAAUGGUUGCCUCAGAUUCUAUCAAA